AUGGCAUGUUUAUGUGGAAUGAGCCCUCUGAGUCCACUGACUGCACCUGCCAGGCCUCCAUUUCCUGCCCAGUUGUGGUGGCUGCGGUGGCCGCUGUGGUGGCGGCGGUGGUGGCUGCAGUGGCGGCUGCAGUGGCGGCUGUGGCAGCUGCAGCAGCUGCAGGUGCUCCCGGGUGGGCUGCUGCUCCAGCUGCUGCCCCUGCUGCCGCGGCUGCUGUGGGGGGUGCUGCAGCGCGCCCGUGAUCUGCUGCUGCCGCCGCCCCUGCAGCUCGUGUGGCUGCGGCGGGGGCUGCGGGAAGGGCUGUUGCCAGCAGAAGUGCUGCUGCCAGCAGAGCUGCGGCUGCAAGAGGCAGUGCUGCUGCUAGGCAGGCCGGCCGGGCUCUGCCUGGAGACUAGGAAAUGCUUGUGGCUUUGCUCACAGCAAUUGAGGAGACUUUCACCCAUGCCCCCUGCGGGCUUCCUCUGUGCCUCAUCCUCCUCCAGGUAUUGGAACUGCUCAGGCAAGUCCCUUGUACUCUGA